AUGUCCGCAAAGACGAUCCCGGGGGUCCAGCAGUUCCGUGUUCCGGAGCUACACAAGAGCAAAGCCAGGGCGUGUGUGGCCUGCCGUGAGAGGAAGCGCAGAUGUACUUUGGAAUUGCCCGUCUGCAGCUACUGUCGCGUGCGAAAAAAGCCAUGUGUGUAUCCGUCGCAAACGUCUCCCGGCCCUGACAGGUCAGCUGAAACGCGGGCCGGCACCCAGGCUGGCGCCACCACAGCAAUUCCCCGCGUGCUCUGGCCGGGUUCUAAUGCCGGCAGCGACCUCAAGCCCGAAAUGAGAGCCGGCCCCGUUUUCACAAGCAUUCUGAGCCCGUCGCUGUGUCUGGCGACUGGCCAAGUCUCGCCCGAUUUUCAACUUUUGCGCUCGUAUCUCCCCGAAAAACGCGACGCAGACACUCUGAUCGACCGGUACCAGAACUCGAUCCACCCAGUGGUGCCGAUUUUCGACCUGCGCUCAUUUCUUCCGCACUACGAGCUGUUCUGGGACGAGGAUAAAACCGCGUCUCUCGAGUUUUACAUCGUGCUGCUCACAAUCCUGUACGCUGCAUCGGUGGCAGAGUUUGAGGAAAUGUCAAUCGACAACCAGUUUGGGCCCCAUAGCGAUGAGCUUGUUGCCAAAAUGAAGUACUACGUCGGUGCGACCGAAAUUGCGCUCGCAAUGCACGGCUUCCCCACCAAAGUCGCUCUCGUCGACCUCCAGGCGUCGUUUAUUUUGCACUACGUGCUGCGCUCCGACUGCCGCACGGACGACUGCGGCUCUGUUGGGUAUCUCGUGCGGCUGGCGCAGCUGCUCGAGCUGCAACGCGACCCCUGGAGCUACCACCGCAUUGCUGACGCCAGAGACGUGCAAAAGCGCCGCAUUCUUUGGUGGCACAUCUACUACCUCGACUGCACAACAGCGCUCUCGACGCGGAUGCCACCCAUCAUCGUCGAGGGCGAGCACGACACGCAGUUCCCGGCAGAGUACACCAAGUCCGGUACAGGCGACUUUCUGCUCGACGCGCACGUGACCUUCGCGAACCGCCGGUUCGGCUGGGCCGUGGUGUGCAGCCGCAUUCUGCGGCUCGCGUUCCGGCUACAGACACCGUCCGACGAGGACUGGUUUGCGCUGCGCAGGGACAUCGAUAACCUGGCGCUGCAGUGCGCUGCCGCGACCCAGCGCCUGCUCGACAAUGCGCGCACCAUCCACGCCGACUGGCUCGCGUUCAGCACCGCUGUCAUCUCGUCGCUUGCUGACCGGUGUCACGUGCUCGUCGAUCUCUCGCUGCAGAAACACCCGGACCACAAUGGCACGUUUGGCAACCCGGAGACCUCGUCUGUGUCUGACGUGCAGUUGCGCACGGUGGGUUCGGAGUUCGAGGAGAGCCAGAUCCACUUGCUUCAGCAGUAUCUGUCGUACGGCUCGAUGCCGAAAAAUAAGCGAUAUCUCUGGGAGAUCCGCAAGUUCCAGCCGAUCCAGACGAUUUUGGCGCUGUUGCGCAGCCUGAUCGCCGACGUCGCAUGUCUGGACCGCGGAGUGCACUCGUCGGAAGCCAUCCACGCGCUCGAGAAAUGCGCCAAGGUGCGCGUUUUGGAGGACGCGGUGCAAAAUCUCGGGUAUCUGGCCCACCACACGACACCGCUGUGUAAACAACGAUGGUCGCUCGUGAUUGAGCUCAAACACGCAACCUGGCAGCAGGUGUUUGGCCACCCUCAAACCCCGCAGGAUGCGGUCCAUUCUGCCGCCUCCACGCAAAGCGACGAGUCGCUACGCUCCGACGACGCCUGGGCGCAGAUUCUCACAGAGCUCGGCAAGGUGCACCAGAAGAUCGACGACAAUAUCAACGUCAAAAUCUGGGACAACGACGCCGGCCACUACACGUUGUAAACAGCUAGUUCUCCUAUUUAGGAUCGUAUUCGCCCUCCACGUCCUUGAAAGUGUACCGCUUGGCCUCGUAGAACAUGUCUGGCGUCGAUUUUGCAGUCGCCGCGCCGGGAAACAACUCCGGACACAGCGUGAUGUACUUGGGGAAUCGCCACUGCCUUCCAGACCAGUUUGUCUCGACGGGCAGCUCGUUCUUCAGCGCUUCAGACACCAGCUCGCACUCUUUCCACACACGGAUGACGUUCAGCCCCAUAAACUUUCGGAUAUCCUCGUGCGUAGCGCCAGACUUUUCCCACACCUUGACGACGAGGUCGGGAAAUUUCGACACAUCCUCGAGUCCCUUGGGGCCCGUGGCGCCCAUACCAUCGAAAUCAGACCCGAUCCCCACAUGGUCCCAGCCGAUGAGGUUGACAAUGUGCAGCACAUGGUCGACGCAGUCGUCGAUCGACGCGUCGGCCGCGUCGGGCUUCUUGAUGAAGUUGGGCACAAAAUCCACACACACAACGCCGCCGUUCGCCUUCACCAUCUGCAGCACGUCGUCCCGCACGUUCCGCUCGUGGUUAGUCACAGAGUACGCCGAGCUGUGCGAAAAAAUCACCGGCGCACGCGCAAUCUGCAAAACGUCCACCAUCGUCUUGUACGACACGUGACUCAGGUCCACCAUCAUGCCGAUGCGGUUGAACUCGCGAAUGCAGUCGCGGCCGUACGCGGUGAGGCCCUUGUCCUCCUUGCCGGCAAUGACAGUCGUGCACGCGGUAGCAAACGGGUUGUCGCAGUUAUGCGUCAGCGUGAUGUAGCGCACGCCAAGGUCGUAGUACUGUCUCACCACGGCGAGCGACGUGUCGACCUGGUGCAGGCCCUCCACGCCCAUUGUGACGGAUAUCAUGUCGCCAUUCGACUCCUGGUAGCUGCGCAGCGCCUCAUCCGCGCUGGUCACAAAUUUCAUGCUCCGCGAGUACUUGUCGACGAGCCGUUUGAUGAUGUCCACCUGCUCCAGCGUGUCCCGUACAAUGCUGUUGGGUCUCUCAAAGUCCUGGUACAGCUCGUCGGGACUUGGGUAGUCCAUCCAGCAGCUGAAGAACUGGACACCGACGCCGCCCUGCUUCAUGCGACGCAGGUCUGUCUGCGACACGAGCGGCUCGUCGAAAUGGAACUUAUCCUCGUUUAUUUCGU